AAGGGCGUUACAGAUGCCCACUGUCCGGUCCCUCUGUCCCAGGGCGUUAUAAAUAGUAAAGGUUAAUUAGUUAGGUGAGAAAUUGGAUCAGGGGCGGGCAGUUAGAACUUGAUCCAUAGACAGGUAACUCAAGCAAUCCCUAUUGUCACUGCAAUCAGACCUAUAUAAAUCCGCCUUGACAGACAGCAGUCACCACAUAGCCUUACCUCCUCUCUGCUGGAUCACCGACCGGGCGAGAACACCCCCUUAACACGGAAUAAAAUGUCGCUCUCAUCUAUCCUUUCCGCUGAUGCCAUCGACAGUGCUAUCAAGGACUGCCAAGUACCAGACUCUUUCUGCCCUAAGAAGUUUUUCCAGAUGUGUGGCCUCACCAAGAAGAGCCCCCAGGAUGUGAAGAAGGUUUUUGCAAUCCUGGACAAUGAUGGCAGCGGUUUUAUUGAGGAGGAAGAGCUCAAGUUUUUCCUCCAGAGGUUUUCUUCUGGGGCUCGCGUCCUGACAGACAAGGAGACCAAGGGCUUCCUGUGUGCUGCCGAUGAUGACAGCGAUGGUCGAAUUGGAGCAGAUGAGUUCCAGGCCAUGGUCUUGUCCUAAACAGAUGGACUCCAUCUCUCAAACUCAGUCAGACCUCCCUUUCAAACCCCCCAAUUUCAUUGCUUCAAGGGCUCUUGUAGUUGUAGUCAUUUUCCAUCUGGUUAGAUAAAACCUUUUUGUCCUUUUUAUUUUGCAAUACUUGCACUGGUCCACAGAAAUACACAUUCUCAGCAUGUUUUUAGUUUUUUUUUUCUUUUUCAUAUGUUUUAGACAGGCCACAAAAGUGUAUCUCCCAAAUAAAUGUACAAUUCACCAAAUUACUGAGAAAAUAAAAUAAUAAAAUCUCAAAA